AUGACUUCCUUCCUGAAAGGUAUAACCGCUGCAGCUGUAGUAAAUGGAUCUGUGGCCAAUAUUGGAGCAGACCUUCACUACAAAGACAUCACACUGCCUGCUAUUGGCUUUAACCGACAAAAGAUUAAAUUCCCACAGCCAGGGGUGGGCGAUAUCAGGGACAUUAUGGACAAUCCUCUGGAAGAACCGAAUCGUCAGAGCCUUAUUCCUGUUGGAAGAGCAGAUUGCAAGUUUCUCUUUAUCGUGGGAGAAGAUGACAGGAACUGGAGAGCGACUUUCAUGCCCAGACUGCCUGCAAAAUUUUGGAAGAGCAAGGGAAAGAAAAACCAGAGGUUGUGUACUAUGCCAAAGCUGGACAUUACAUUGAGCCGCCUUACUUCCCCCUGUGUAAAGCUUCCAUGCAUAAAGUUGUUGGUCUUCCAUGCAUUUGGGGCGGGGAAUCAAAAGCACACAAUUUUGCACAAGUAG